UGCCUAAAGCCAACAGCAGCAACGCAGUGGUGAUAUAAAGGCGCUGCACGGUGAUCGUCAUUCCAUUUGUUGUUGAGUUAGGGCGCCAACAAGGACCCACACGAGCAAACUCUAAACAAAUAUCGAGUUCACACAUAGCUCACAUAAGUUCGAUUUGUAUUCGUUUGUUGGCCUCAAGAACUCACUUAACUAACUGCCAAAAUGUGUGACGAUGAUGCGGGUGCUCUGGUCAUUGACAAUGGCUCUGGUAUGUGCAAGGCUGGCUUCGCCGGUGAUGAUGCACCUCGUGCCGUAUUCCCCUCGAUUGUCGGUCGGCCACGCCAUCAAGGUGUGAUGGUGGGUAUGGGUCAAAAAGACUCCUACGUGGGUGAUGAGGCGCAGAGCAAAAGAGGUAUACUGACAUUGAAAUAUCCCAUUGAACAUGGUAUCAUAACAAAUUGGGAUGAUAUGGAGAAAAUCUGGCAUCAUACCUUCUACAAUGAAUUGCGUGUGGCACCCGAAGAGCAUCCAGUAUUGUUGACCGAAGCGCCACUCAACCCGAAAGCGAAUCGUGAGAAGAUGACUCAAAUAAUGUUCGAGACAUUUAACUCGCCCGCCAUGUAUGUGGCCAUUCAGGCUGUGCUCUCCCUCUACGCUUCCGGUCGUACCACCGGUAUUGUAUUGGACUCUGGUGAUGGUGUAUCGCACACUGUGCCCAUCUAUGAAGGUUUCGCCCUGCCCCACGCCAUUCUGCGUCUCGACUUGGCCGGUCGUGAUUUGACCGACUAUCUGAUGAAGAUCUUAACCGAGCGUGGCUACUCGUUCACCACCACUGCCGAGCGUGAAAUUGUGCGCGAUAUCAAGGAGAAGUUGUGCUAUGUUGCUUUGGACUUUGAGCAGGAAAUGGCCACUGCCGCUGCGUCCACCUCGUUGGAGAAGUCUUAUGAAUUGCCUGAUGGUCAGGUGAUCACCAUUGGCAAUGAGCGUUUCCGUUGCCCAGAGGCAUUGUUCCAGCCCUCGUUCUUGGGCAUGGAAUCGUCUGGUAUUCACGAAACUGUCUACAAUUCGAUCAUGAAGUGCGAUGUGGACAUCCGUAAGGAUCUGUAUGCCAACUCGGUCUUGUCCGGUGGUACCACCAUGUACCCAGGUAUUGCCGAUCGUAUGCAAAAGGAAAUCACUGCCUUGGCGCCAUCCACCAUUAAGAUCAAGAUCAUUGCACCACCUGAGAGAAAGUACUCCGUCUGGAUUGGUGGCUCCAUCUUGGCCUCGUUGUCCACCUUCCAACAGAUGUGGAUCUCCAAGCAGGAGUACGACGAAUCCGGCCCUGGUAUUGUGCACCGCAAAUGCUUCUAAAUCUUUCGAUUGUGAAAGAUGGCGAAAUGCUUUAGCGCAACCACUUGCUAACAACAAAAACAACAGCAACAACUCUACAACUACCCAGCGCAACUGCGCAGCGUUCGUGCUUGAAACAAACACAACAAUAACAACAGCAAGCAAAAUAAAACCCACCACGCAAUCAAGAUCUGCACUUACAACAACAACAACACAAAAGGCUUCAAUAGCAACAACACAUAUGCGCAUACAUGCUAGCUCCAACAAUAGCAGCAACAACAGCAACGGCUAUCAGCAAUUAAUUAAUGUGUAUGCAAAAAAUGCAACAAUUGGCGCUAACAAUAAGAACAAAGUCCAAAUCACAACAACAACAAAAGGAGGAGAUGCAAAAGAUUUAUCGAGGAAUUGUCCCUGCGCGCCACCUGUCGGCAAUUGCAUUGCUUUAUGUUGCAUUUUCGUUUUAAAAUUUUCAAUCACAUUUCUUUUCUCGGAUUUUAUGCAAUAAAAUUUGUGCAAAACUGAAAUUUAAAAAUUUAGCUAACAAAACAAAAUUUUUAAUUUUAGAUGAAUGUAACAAAUUUUUUUAUUUUUAUUUUUAAUUUUGCAAAUGAACAACAAAUAACUCAUUAAUUAAAGUUUAUUAUUUAUAUUACUUUUCCAUUGACUAACCAAAACAUUGAGCAUUGAAAGCAAAGCAAAAGACAAAUAUUAACAAACAAGCAUAGAAAUGAUGAACAAAACUAAAACAUAAAU